AUGGCAUCGGGCGAAGACAGCAAACUCCGUAUCCAGACCUUGGAAGAGCCGCUCAAGCCAGCACAAGCGCGAGUCGAACAAGCACAAGCCAGAGCCGACCAGGCAGAGAAGCAGCUCGCCGAGACGAUGUUUUCCGACUUUCUCCACAUCUGCCACACCGACGUCUUCUUGCAGAUCAAGGUGCAGAGAAACUCACUCCUCGCGACCACGGGCGGGCUAUCGCACGAUGGGGAGCCUUUGCCCUCUUGCGGACAGCAUUCGGCCAGCAAGAACUAUUCCCCCCCCCCCCCCGGCCCUCCGGGGUGGCUUGGAGUACCUCGCGAGCAAAUAUUGGCUGAUAAGAAGCUGGCUAGCGAGGAAGACCUGGAAAAAUUUGAGUGUCUGGCCGUGGAAGGAUGCGAUCUCGACGUUAUCCCGCGAUUCCUCGAGCUUGUCGAGCAGGGCGAUGCCGCUUCUCCUAGGAUAAAUAGCAGUGGCAAUAAAAACCCGACUAUCGCCCAUGUUUCAUUCAACAACUACCCCUUUGAUGUGACUGCUACUGAUUCUGAUGAGGGAGAAACCGGCGAGUCUGGUUCGGAACCGGAAAGCGAUGGAGCGGCCUCGUCUCAGCAACCGGAGUGGGGCCUGUAA